AUGAAAAAUCACAUACAUUGUUAAGGAAGAACUGAAGGAAUAGUGAAAAUAAAAGGACAUAAAAACUUGGACUUUUAAGAUUAAUUUGGGAUUAAAGUUUGCCGAUAAGGAUACCUCUUAGAGGAAAUCUCAUAAAGUCUUUUCUAAGUAGCAUAAAUCGAAAAAAUAAAUGAAAUUAUCAUCUCUUAACUAUUGCUUGAAGUUGUAACAAUUUUAGCUGAUUUGCAAGAGGAAGAAAUUGCAUUACCAUACAUAACACCUGAUCAAAUAAUGAGAAUGAAGGAUGGGAGAUUUAAAUUAUUUGAUGUUAAUCAUGCCAUUAGUGUUAUAGGAAUGGACAGCAGUGUUUAAAGAGAAAUUAAAAGUGAUAUUAAUUACAUGGAUCCUGAUACAUUUGCUGCUUCAAUAUCAGGUUAAAUUUCAACUCUUCAAAAUUAUUUUAAAUCAGUUGUUUAUUCUUUUGGAUUGAUCAUCUUGGAAUUUAAUUGCUAAUAGUAAGAAUUAUAUAAUCAACAUAGAUUUUCAAAUCACAGAAAAACAGAAGAACAAAUUGCCUUCAUGUUAGAACAAUUAAGCAUUAUGAAUCCAAAUAUUUCAGACUUAGUUAAUUAGAUGGUCUAAUCUUCAAAAAAUAAGAGACCUAAUUGCAAAGAAGUGUAUGACCAUAUGAUAGAAAUCAAAAAUGCAAUAGAAAAUAAAGUAGAAAUUUAGAUGGGAUAAGAAUUCAAUUAGUAGCAAGAUAAUACUUUUAAUUGGACUAAACAAUUUACAGUUUCAUAACCAAUUAAUGAAAAUUUCUUUUCAUAAGAAUAAUUUGGAGAAACAAAUAAACAAAUUUAACAUCAAUAGGUUUAACGUUUUUAGGAUAGCUUGGCUUAUAGUGAUAAUUGCUAAACAAUGUAAUUUGUUUAAAGUGGUAUCAAAUUACCAGAAAAUCUGAGGAAUUAAAUAAAGCAAUGGUAGGAACGACAAUAACAAAUUUAAUCACAAUAAGACUUUACUUUGAGAUAGGAUGAGCCUACUAGUAAUCAUUUAGAAAGCUCAGAUGAAAUAGAAUAAAAUUUUUAUAAUUAAAUGACAUUUGCAUAAUUGGUGGAGAUACUCAACAGAUUUCCAUUGAUUAAACAAAUAAAUGAGAAUGAUUUGAUGAUAAAUGACGAAUACAAUAUAGAUGAGCAAUAAAAUAUAUUUAGAUGCACCUAUCAAAAUUAAGAGAAGGUGGUUAAGAUAUAUCGAAACAAACCAGCUUCUCAUAUCUUCUAAUUACUCAACAACAUCAAUCACAUUUAAAAAUUAAAAAUUUACGGUUUAUGUAUCUACGAAGGAUAUUAUUUGUAAGAAUCUGAAAAUGGAUCUUGUUUAGGAACUCUUUAUCUUAUAACACAAUAAAUGAACUGUGAUUUAGAAAGAGCCUUGGCUAUUCCAUAAAUACACUAAAAAAAAUAGAAAGAAUAAGUAAUUUUGAACAUAUCUCUAUUUCUCAAAGCAUAUAAUGAACACUUUACUCAUGGAAAUCUGAAACCUUCAAAUAUUUUAUUAGAUAAUUCAUUGAACAUUUAUGUUACAGAUUAUGGCUUAAGUGAAGUAAAAGGAGAAUUAGAUGAUCAGCUCUAUAGUAGUAAACCAUCUUGUGUUUAUUCCCCUCCAGAAAAAACAUUAAGGAACACAUUAUCUAACACAUCAGAUGUUUGGAGUUUUGGAAUCAUAAUUAGUGAUAUUCUUACAGGAUAAAAAAUGAACAACACUAUCAUCUAAAAAUUAGGAAUGAAGGACCAUACUUAUCAAGGGCACUUAUCAGUAGAUAAAUUAGAUUUUUUUCCUGCAACUGAAUAAAACAAUAAAAUGAAAAAUCUUCUCAAAUAAAUGACACUGUAUAAUUGUGAAAAGAGAAUUACAAGUGAUUUGGUCCACAAUGAACUUAAAAUUAUCUUCCAAUGGACAGAUUAAUCAAAUUUCAAGAGCAAUAAUACCAAUAAUUUUUACCCUGGAAACAAAAUUUCAUAAUCAAAUAUAUAGAAAAAUAAUUAUGUAUAACCUUAGCCAUAGCUAUAUUCUAUAAAUUAAAAUUAAUAAAGCCCAUCCUUUACUAGUAUUAAAUAGACUAUUUAAUCUAAUCAAAAUAAAAUCCACAGAAACACUGGAUUAUCCCAUAAAAUUCCACCUCCCUCUGCUAGGUAAUAAAGAUUUGAUAAAUCUGGUGGUGAGUUUUACAUAUAAGGAAAGACAGUUAAUUUAUAACCACAAGAUGGAGGAAAACAAAAAAAAUCAUAAUGA